UCUCCAGCGAAUUCGCAGGUCUUUCUACGAAAUUUUCGUACGCGACGUCCCUGCGGGGCGCACAUCGGUCGUUAUAGGAACCCCCAAUCCAAAAUGGCGUCAUCCAACCCAUGUGUUCCCUCUCCCCCAGUGCUCCCAGUGCAAAAAGCGCCCCAAAAGCGUAAUUAUCACCACAAAAUCAAGUGAUCAAGUGAAUAAACAAUAAUGAAGGUUCGAAAAGUGUCAGUGUCUCCAAAAAUCGCGCCUGGAGCCCAAGAGAUGACCCCAGAGGACUCUCCCGCGGACCUCCCUCCUGUCAGAAAAAUAAACACCGGACUGUCUCCCCACGAUCGACCAGGUAUUUCCUCUUUUCACAAAUCGCGGGACAUCCCCACGGCCCCCGGACCCUCCAAGAGUCCCAUCUCAACCCCCCCAAAGACUGAUUUCAUCACGAAAUGGCUGAUGACAGCCGAAAUUGGGAGGACCGACAGCACCCUGAACUCGUCGUCCAUUUCAGUCAUCAGUGACAGUCCCCCGGGGUUGAAGAGACCCCCAAGGUCACCCCUCCGACAAUUAAACGAAGUAAAACGUGUCAGGGUGUGUGACGAGCCCCCCAAUUCCCCAAAAAUCCCCCCGAGACAAUUAACCUCGCCCAGUCGUCGAGACUCCCGACUCCUGAAGGAGAAUUUCGAGGGCUCCGACAGCCCCAGAACCUCCGAGAAAAUCUCGGGGGUGUCGUCUCCCGCGAAGACUCACGAGAGCAUCGACGCGACUUCCCUGUCCCCCAGGUCGAAGCUGGCAGCUGGUAGAGCUGUUAUUUUCGGGGAAAAAGUUGAAAAAAAAAUUCAGGAGAGUGAAAUUCGUGAGAAAAUCCCUUGGAGGGUGAGAGAAAGUAGUUAUGUACCCCUGGAGGAGCCUCCACUGGAGCGGUUGAUCUCCCAGUGUGACAGUCCUCCCCCCAAAAACAUUGAAAUUGACUUCUCGUCCCCAUCGCAAGCCUCGGAGGUCCCGAAAAUCCUCGAGGUUUGGUCGGUGGGCUCUUCGAGGAGCUCAGAAGACGCCAUAGAGUGUCGGUCCAGUGAUGGAAACACUCUGGAGGAAAUUCUGAGUCCUGGGGAGGACUCUCCUCGGGACUCCCUGAGUAUUGACACUGCUGAGGAUGAUGACUGCGACAAAACCCUGCAGACUCUGAUAGAAGAUCCUGGGGAAUUUUCGCAGGUCAAUAACAAUAAUGUGAAGGGACUCGCGGAGGCUGACGGGAUCGAGUCAGAGGACUCCGAUGCGACGUAUUAUGAGGAUGGGGAUCCAGUGAAGAGAGACGUCAUCGAGGAGUCGGUGUCUCAGGAAAUAUCUGAGGCUUUGAGCAAUCAAGUGUCUAAUGUCAGGUCUAAUCUCACUAUUAGUGAUAAUUCAACUAGUGCUGAGGCUUCGCCUUCCUCGAGGAGGAAUGAUCCUGAGGUCUAUCCAGUUAUCGACCAUAGGACUGUGAAAAAGAAGAAGAAACCUAAAAAAGGAUCACUUCUCGAGAGAUUCCAGACAUUAAUGAAUGGAAAAAUAUCAUGCCUACGUAUGUGGCAUCACCAAAUGGCCCAGUCACGUUUCAAGGGUACUUGCAAUCAGUGUGUGAUAAUGAGAAUAAAAAAAUUCUCCACUUCUUAUGGAAGGCCUUAUUUCCGCGGAACAGUCACAAGAGAUUCGUUAAAUCUUCUGGGAAGAACCAUUUCGAGUAAUUCAUCUGAUUUGAGUGCUGCAAGUGCAUCUGAUGAAUCACUGGGAAGGACUCUAACUGUUUUAACAAUGCCAGAAAUUGUGGGGCAAUUCAAUGUUAAGGAAAAGAGUGCUUUAAAGUUUUAUCCACCUUGGGAGGUAAUCGAUGCUGACAAGCUAAUUCUGAGUGUUCUGCACUUUAAACUAAUCCUCGAUGAGAGUGACGAAUCCCAAGUUGAUGGAGAACAAUCAGCUGGUGAAGUGGUUACCCAGGAAUUCGAUUGCCCUUGUCUGAGGGCUGGGAAAUUAGUCAAUUCCUGUUCUAUAAAGUUCACUAAUUCAAAGCCCAAUCCUAUGGAUUACUUUCCUCCAGACACAAUGUCAAUCGCUCAAGAGCGUCCAGAGUUGUACGAAGAAGUGAAACUCUACAAAAAUGCCAGGGAAAGGGAGAAGCACGAUAAUCAAGCUGAUUUGUAUGCAGUUGUAAACACCCUUCAGCAUUUGGAGAAGGCUUACAUAAGGGACUGUGUUACACCCAAGGAAUACACAGCUGCAUGCAGCAAAUUGCUGGUUCAAUAUCGUGCUGCUUUCAAACAGGUCCAGAGUGAUCAAUUUCCCACAAUCGACGCAUUUGCAAGAGCAUUUCGCCUGGAUUGUCCAGCAGCCCUGGAGAGAAUCAAAGAGGACAGGCCAAUAACAAUAAAAGAUGACAAAGGAAACACAUCGAAAUGCAUCGCCGAUAUCGUUUCUCUAUUCAUCACACUCAUGGACAAACUCCGUCUGGACAUAAAAGCAAUGGACGAGCUUCACCCCGAUCUCCGUGAUCUCCUCGACACCAUGAAUCGUCUCAGCAUCCUACCGAGUGAUUUCGAUGGUAAAACGAGGGUAUCAGACUGGCUGCAAACUUUAAAUAGCAUGUCGGCAUCUGAUGAAUUGUCCGAAACCCAAGUGCGUCAACUGCUGUUCGAUCUGGAGACGUCGUACAAUGCUUUCAACAAAGUACUCCACAAUUCAUAGUUUAUAAAAUUCAUUCUGUAUUUUAUUGUACAAUUAUCGUGUGUGAAAUAUUCUGUCAUAAUAUUUUUUUUAUAUUACGAGUAUAUUCUGGAUUAAAAUACGUAAAUGUUGAAGUGAAAUUUUAGAGCAAUUCUGAAGGGCAUUUGAAAUAGUUGGAAAUUGAUUGCAUAAUGAGAAAAUUAAAAAUCUUGACUAUA